AUGUAUUUUUUUUGGUUUUAUUUUUUAAAAUAUAUUUUGAUUAUUGUCCCAAACUCAAGUAUUUUUUUUAUUGAAAAAUGUUUAUUAUCAGAAUUGAAAGUGGAUAAUUAUGUUGAUAUUGGUAGAAUUAAAUCCUUAGAGUCCAUCCUAACUUUGUUCUAA